AUGAGUAUUCGCAAUGCACCGGUUGAUAUUGCUCAAGCAAAAAUUCUUCAAUACCUUCGUACACAUAACUAUGAUGAAUGCGUUAUCUACAUAAAUCGUUUGAGUCCGUUAACAUUUCGUAAAAUUCUUGCAACAUUAUCAAUUGAUAUUCUUCUUACACAAUUACCAUUUUCCUUGGAAAUAUUCGAAGUGAUUUAUUCAAAAAUCUUUCUCUAUGAUCCCGAUCAAUUUCCUAUACGUACAUUGAAACCAGAUCGUUUUCUAUCAAAAAUAUUGAACAUAUUUGCUUCGUCAAUUAAUACCAAUGAUCAACUACCAUCUCAAAAAGGACUAGACGUUGAUAAAAUGAUGACAAAGUUAGAGAGUAUUUUACGAAUUAUAUCUUACGUUCAGCCAAUAUUAUUUAAACGACUAUUAAGACAAAAACAGACAAUCGAUAGUUGUCUAUUCUAUUUUGAACAUCAUAGUAUUCAAUCAUCUCCCACAUCAAUAUUACCAAAACACAAACAAUCGGCAAUGUCAUUAACAUCACUAAAUUCAUCAAAAUUAAACCAGCUUCAAGAGACAUUACGAUCAGAAAUCGAAACAACGAUAACAUGUUGUCAAAAUGCACUGCAAAAAUUAAAUGAAUAUAGAAAGUUACAACCAACAUCAAUAUUAUCAAUGACUGGCUAUUAUUCUGAUAUAGAAAAAUUACAAACAAUCUCUUCUUCACCUUCUACGCCGACUACAUCCGCUCAUUCAACACUCAUUUUUAAAAAGAGUAUUUCUCAUCAACAACAUUUAACUUAUUCCACUCGUUCGAGUUUUCAUUCAUUAAACGAUGUACAAACUCGUUUAUUGACUCAUAAAUCUCUCCUAAACGUUGUCGAACCGUUUUUAUCAAAAACAAAAUUAUUUAAUAUUAUCGAUAGUUUGAACGAAAAAGUUAAUGUUGAUAAAGAAAUUCUGUUGGCCUAUUCCCAUAUUAAAACACAAGAAAAGCAGAUAACAACAAAUGAUGCCCUUUUACCGCUAUUUAAACGAUACGCAUUAGCUUAUGAACGUAUAAUUCAAUUGUGGCGAAAAGUGAGCGAUAGUACGUUAAUUGAUGAUUGUCCUGAUGAUGUGCUAAUUGAUAAUGGAGAAAGAUUUAAUAUUUUAGAACGAGCUAGAUCUGAAGCAAAAACUGUUUUUCUUCUGAAUGGAAUUAAUUAA